AACAAACACACUUAACCUAAUUACCUAUAAUAACCUAAUAACUUAACCUAACUCAUUGCAACUUAAUUUUAAAUUUUAUUAAAAAUUGAAAUGGAACCUAAAACUAACGUAUGCUGCAUAUGCCUAAAAACCACCGAAGGAAUGCAACGGCUUAUAUCAGAAAAUAAUUCCCAGCCGACCAUUCAAUUGAAACUGCAAUCACUUGUUCCAGAACAGGAGUGGCUUGGACAUUACUUGAUUUGUGUGUGUUGCAGUACAGAACUAGAAAGGGCCUACAAUUUCAGGCUGCUCUGCUUACAAAACGCAGCUACUAGAGAAACACUCAUCCUACAACCCAAAGAAGAAGAUUCCAAGUGUUUUGAUGUUAUUAUUCCUCAAUCAGAGCCCCCUGAAAUGGACUUUAAGUGCCACCAUUGUGACGAAAGUUUUAAGUCCAAAACAAGCAUUAAGUCCCAUUUGAAAACUAAUCAUGACAAGGAAAAACUUCCUAAAUUUACUUGUGAUACUUGUUCAGAACCAUUUUUUAUGUUAAAGGAUAUCAUCAACCACUGUAAGCAAGUUCAUUCAAUACCUGAAAAAGACAUAAGGCCUUAUAAGUGUUCAUUAUGUGGAAAUCAAUAUCGUUCUAAAACAGUUUUAGUCCAACACCAAAAGUACCAUAAAAACAUUCGAGACUUCAUAUGUUCCAGUUGCGGCAAAAAUUUUGUCACAAAACAAGACUUACAGGCUCACGAAACUUACCAUGACAACAACAGAACGUAUUUAUGUAAAAAAUGUGAUAAAAGUUUUAUAACAAGGUCAAAUCUGAGCACUCACAUUCUGGUGUCUCACACUGAUAAAUCUCAGUGGAAAUUUUCAUGUCUGGUAUGCUCAAACAAAUUCGCCUUGAAGUCUCAUUUGAAUGACCAUCAAAAGAGACAUGCAGGUAGCAAAAACUUUACUUGCCAUAUCUGUGAUAAACAUUUCAUUACCAAAACCGAACUUAAUGUACACACCAAAAAUCACUCGAAUAUUAAGCAGCACCAUUGUGAUAUGUGCUCAAAGUGCUACAGAGACAAGAGGAAUUUACUGGUGCAUUUAUCCAGGGAACAUGGAAAAGACGCUCCAGGGGUGAUUAUUGAGAGGGCCAAACCAUUUUUUUGCCAUUCAUGCCCCAAAAGGUUUCCAGACAGGUAUAAGUUAAAUAGACAUUUAAGGACCCAUAGCGGACACAAGCCGUUUAGUUGUAAUGUUUGUUUUAAGCAGUUUUCUGAUUCAAGGAAUUUGAAAAGGCAUUCGGAAAUGUGUGGAAAAGGGGAUUUUGGAUCUAUAUUAAAUUGAAGAAAAGCCAUAUAAGGGCAAUUUCCUUUAUAUAGAAAAGAGAAAUUAAAGACGUGGUAAUCGAUAUGGAGGUCCACAGGCGCCAUUUACAUCCAGUAAGGGGGGGAGGGAAAAUGUUCGACGGUCAAAAGUGUUUUUUUUUUGUGGUUUAAUUAUGAGGAAAAGUAUGAUAAAAAAAUUUGCAUAUUCUCAUUUUAAGUUUUAAAGCACAAAUAACACAUGUUUUGGUAUUCGAUUUUUUUACAAAAUAUAUAAAAUUUGUUUCUAAGGAA